CUCUCUUUGGGUUUGUGCAUGUUCAAGAAAUAAAUAUUCAACGUGAAAAUGUUUGGAGGAGGAAUUAAAAAAAAGAAGAAGAAGAAGAAGAAGAAGAAGAGUUGGUUCUCAGUUAUGCGUUCUGAAAACGCGAUCUUCACGGCACCGCCCCGGAAGUGGCGACGGGGCCACAGAGCGAGCGCAGGUCCACACAGCAGCAGCUCGUCAGAUAAAUUAGUCGGCAGCUUGUUAGAAGAAAGUUUGUCUCGCCUUUCUACCAGCGGUUUGCCUGUUAUCGUGUCAGUCGAAAGAAACGCGAUUUAUUCUUUGGACUGAUUAGAAAAUGUCUUUUUGAACACCCUCCCCCCUCCCUUCCAGGUCUGCUGGUUGAAAUGGGUCGGAGCGGCAGGGUUUGUAAUCAUUUCGCGUAGCCUCAAGUGAGGAGAGAAGAUUUCUAACCCGAGAGGAUUAAAGGGCCAGCGAGUUAGAAAGUUGGGCAAAGGGGGGCAUUACGGCCUCCGCGCUCUGUAGAAUAAUUCCCCCUGUUUUCUUUCCCCCUUUUGUUUGUCUUUUUACAUUUUUGCUCUCUGGAUUCUUUUGCGAUGACGCCUGACCUUCUUAACUUUAAGAAGGGGUGGAUGUCAAAAUUGGAUGAAAACAGAGAGUGGAAGAAACACUGGUUCGUCUUAACCGAUGCUGGACUAAAGUACUACAGAGACUCUGGGGCAGAGGAGAAAGAUGAUCUUGACGGGGAAAUUGACCUGAAAUCCUGUGUGAAGGUGUCUGAAUUUGAUGUGGAGAAGAAUUAUGGGUUUCAAAUACAGACACGGGAGUCCGUGUUCACUCUGUCCGCCAUGACGGCAGGGAUCAGGCGAAACUGGAUUGAAGUCCUGAGGAAAUGUGUGCGGCCCAGCAGCUCUCCAGACCUCACGCAACUGCCUGACAGCAGCAGUGACAAAGAAAACUCCCACUCUCGCCCCCUGUUAUCCCUUCGUCGGCCACCUUCACGCCACGGCGAGGCGCGGUCUGAGAUUCCCACUUCCGCCCCUCCCUCUCAACGCAGGUUUGACUACGUCGAGCUCACCCCUGUGCCCGCCACCUCCAGCCCUCUCCCAUCCAGUCUGAGAGAAGCAGGGGAGGGGCAGGGGAGGGAGCAUAGCCAAUGGCAGGAAGAGAAGAACAGAGAUGCCACAAGCAGGCAGUGGGAGGCUUUACUGUCCAGAAAGGGGCCAGGCUUUGGCUCGGACCCAAGGCUACGGAUGGAGGAGGAAAUAGAGAAAAAGUGGGCAGAGCUUGAACGAAUGCCGUUAAAGGAGAUGAGGACGUUGCCAUCAAUGGGAACACGGUUGUCCAGCCAGUCAGCCAAUGAGACGCUGCAGAGGGAGGUGGCGUCACUGAGGCAGCAGCUAGAGCGAUUACAGGGAGGCAGAGGAGGGGGGAGAGUAGGAGAAGGUGUAGCGAUUGGCUGUGGUCCAGAGGCCCCCUGCGGCCGCAGCUUGGAAGCUAUGGAGCGUGCUCACCGGCAAGCACUAGAGGAGCUGCAGAAGCAACACAAGCGCCAGACCAGGGAGCUGGAAAUGGAGAAGGACAGGCUGCUGCUGGAGGAGACCCGGGCCACUGCACAAGCAAUGGAGUCUUUGAAGAAUGCCCACAAGGAGGAGCUGGAGAAAGUUAAGAGACAAAGUGAAGGGAUUGUGGACUCACAGACCUUGCGGACCCAACAACAGGCAGAAGCUCAGGCCCUGCAGAGAGAGCUUGCUGGUCUGUCGGAGCGGUACUCCCAGAAGUGUCUGGAGCUGAACAGGGCCGAGCAGAACAAUGCUGAGAAGGAGCGGGAGAUCAGCUGCAAGGAGAGAGACAUGGAGCAGCUGAGGAAGGAGAACCAGGAUCUACAAGCUCAUUUGAUGGAAGAGAUCAGCCGAAUGCGCUCUGCCAUUACAGGUCAGGGGUCAGCGGGUAACUCCAAUGACAACACAAAUAGGACAGCCAGUGAACUGGAGGUUCUUCUCAGGGUGAAAGAAAAUGAGGUGGAUUAUUUGCACAAGGAAAUCAGCUGUGUAAGGAAUGAGUUACAGUUUCUCAAAACGGAGAAGCGCCUGGCCUGUGAGCGAUAUAAGGAGGUGCAAGAGGAGCUCAGUGGGAUGAAGGGCCGCAGCGAACGGGAGAUUCAGAGUCUGAAGGAGCAUCUGAGGCUGGCCAUGGCUGCUCUGCAGGAGGGACAGACAUUGGGCAACUGCCUGGACCACUGAAAUGCAUCCGCUGUGGCUGGUGCUCAGCUAGACACACAGACGGUUAUUUCUGCACUAUGGUGACUGCAACAAAGGAGGAUACAGUGAAGCAGAAGGAUUACGGGACAUUACUGUCUAUUUAGGGGACCACGGUUGUGCCUUAGUUUUCAAUCAUUUUGCCAAUCAGCAACAUAGAGUAGCUAUUAGCUGAUCAUUGUAAUUACACUGGGCUGCAUGUGAUGUAUAUGAAUGUGCACUUUUUUAUUGUUUUGUUUUUACAUUUUUAAUUUUAAGUGAAAGUGAGACUGUGUGAGUGCAUAUUUGGUCAGAAAACUGGAAUAUAUGUCGAAAAACUUUAAAAAAAAAAGUUUUUUAUUACCAUGUAUUGUAGUGGUAAUACAGAGAGCAUGACAUAUAUUUUAACUGCCUGUACCAUCUUUCUUACCAUUGCUCCUGUUUGUAUCUACUGCCUGGAUGAAACAACAGGAAUGAAUCCAACAUUUGAUUUCAAAAAUAGAACUACUGACGUCUCAAUUUUCCAUUUAGUACAUUCUUGUCAAGUUUAGUUGUGAAAACACGUUGGUUUUCUUUUUUGAUCCCCCCCCCCUUUUCUCCCCAAUUCUAUCUGGCCAAUUACCCUACUCUUGCGAGCCGUCCCGGUCGUUGCUCCACCUCCUCUGCCGGUCCGGGGGGGGGGGGGGGGCUGCAGAUUACUACAUGCCUCCUCCGAUACAUGUGGAGUCGCCAGCCGCUUCUUUUCACCUGACAGUGAGGAGUUUUGCCAGGGGGACGUAGCGCAUGGGAAGAUCACGCUAUUCCCCCUCCCCCAAACAGGCGCCCCGACUGACCAGAGGAGGCGCCAGUGCAGCGACCAGGACACAUACCCACUUCCGGCUUCCCACCCGCAGACACGGCCAAUUGUGUCUGUAGGGACGUCCAACCAAGCCGGAGGCAACACGGGGAUUCGAUCCGGCGAUCCCCGUGUUGGUAGGCAAUGGAAUAGACCGUUACGCUACCCGGAGGCACAUGUUGGUUUUCUUUUAUGUUUCGUCAGAAAUGGGGGCUUAUCUCCUGUAAUGGCUCAAUUUUUUUAUUUUUUUAGAACAUUUGUGCUUCUUUUAACACCUUCCCUGAAAUACUAUAUACAAACUCUUCACUGAGGUCAAAAUGGAAUAGUGCAAAUUUCAGACUACUUGGGAGCUCAUUUGAAAAUUGGGCCAUGAUUUUAUAUUAACAAAUUUGGGAUUAACUUUCUAUGUGGAUGGUCCUAAAAGUUGAACAAUCAUUGUCUGGCAUCCAGGAUUUUUUUUUAAACCUUGGCCAGGAGCCAGACUUUAAAUUAACCUUAUUCUCUUAUCCCAAUUAUCUAGUAUUUGCAUUUCGCUACCACAGCAAAUGACUAGUUUUGCAUCAAUGAGCCAAUUGUUUUUAUAUCCUGUAUAUUAUGAUGAGCUAAUAAACCAAGAUAGCUGUUUGGGCUACAUUUUCAUAUUUAAAUUGCUGUAGAACAUGUGACAGCUCUGUAAAUUAUCCAUAUUUUUAUAAUCAAUAAAAUACAGCUUAAUAGAAAAAUUGUUAAUGUUGUCAUGUACGGUUCUUCAUACCUGCACGUUGUGAUA